UUUGUUGAAUAGUCCACUUUAUUCUGUUUGUUGUUUGAAAACAUGAUGAUGCUAUUAUUUAUCACAGCAGGAGAGUUGGCCAUAUGUUCGCUAAUCGCAAUCUCAGUGAUUUUAAUGAUGUAACGGAGACGAACUACGCAGGAAAUAGGGAUUAAACAAUGACACCAUCGUGUUUCACCAAAUGCGAUAGCCACUUAAAAGCUGCUGCCUUGCUCAAAAGAAGGAUUGUAAAGUGGCUGAAAUUGAUUAGCUUCUAGGAGCUGUUCUGCCACUUGGGUUCCCUAAAAAGUGUCGUCAGAAAGCUGCAGCAAUGAUGUAAGAUGUGAAACAUUUCAUCAAUGAUUUCUUUCAAACCCAAGUCACUCAACUGGUUUGAGCUGAAUGAUACUAACAUCAGGGAUAGUGGAAGCAGAAGCAGAGCAAUCAAACCGAUGUAUGUUGCAGCCGUCAUUGGUGGUGCGGCAGCGGCUCUACUUUUGGUGAUAAUAGUGGUUUUAUUUGUUUACGUCUUGCUUUUGAAAUGCAAGAAAUGGCCAAAUAAAAGUUCUGAGACUGGAUCUUCGGAGGCCCAAGUGGAAUGGACGAAGAUUGUUGAAUCAUCAUUGGCAGGGGAUGUCUCAGUAUCAGAGCAGCAAGGAACAAGGAAAUUUACAUUGGAAGAGCUGCGCCAGGCUACCAAGGACUUCAGUGAAAGUAACCUUAUUGGAGAAGGUAGAUUUGGGUUGAUCUACAAGGGCUUGUUGCAUGAUGGAAAUCUAGUGGCAAUCAAGAGGCGCAGCAGACCUCCACAGCAGAAAUUCGUUGAAGAGGUCCGCUAUUUAUCAUCAAUACGGAACCGUAAUCUAGUCAACCUCCUUGGUUAUUGUCAGGAGGACAAUCUGCAAAUGUUAGUCGUUGAGUAUUUGCCAAAUGGCAGUCUAUGCAACCAUUUGUAUGAACAUUGCAAAGAUUCUAAAGCACAUGUAGAAUUCAAGCAAAGGCUUUCCAUAGCCAUUGGAGCUGCAAAAGGUUUAUGCCACUUGCACAGUCUAUCACCUCCUUUAGUACAUGGAGACUUCAAAACAGAUAAAGUCUUUAUAGAUGAAAGCAUUGCUAAAGUUGCUGAUGCAGGAUUCCUGAGACUAAUUGAGAGCACAGAUGACCCUGGACCAUCAAAUGUAACAAGCAGAUUUAACGCUUUCCUAGAUCCAGACUUUGAAGAGACUGGAGCAAUGACAGAAAAGAGUGAUGUUUACAGCUUCGGUGUAUUCCUUUUAGAGCUCAUAACAGGUCAGGAAGCUUCAGAAUUGUGUUCCUCAAGAUCUAGAGAAGACCUUAUCCAAUGGAAGGUGGAGGAGUGCAUGAGCUCCAACAAUUACGAGGGUACAGUAGACCCUAGACUCUCUGGCAGCUUCACUAGAGAAGGAAUGAAAGAACUUCUUCGCCUGACUCUGCAAUGUAUCAAUUUUAGUAGCAGAAGGCGAUCGGAUAUGCGGUCUGUGGAGUCAGAGCUCGAAAGAAUAUUUGAAAAAGAGAUGAAGCUGACGACAGUCAUGGGAGAAGGCACUGCAGUUGUGACUCUAGGAAGCCAGUUAUUCACUUCUUCGACGUGAAGAUUGAAAAAGGCUUGUGCCAAUGUGGACAAAUUUUCCUGUUUCCUCCUGCUUCUCUUCUACUUUUCUUGAUUCUGCACUUGAAAAAUUGGUCUCUCUUAAAGGGGAUCGGCCAUUGAUUUGAAAUCGAUGCGUUUGGUAACAUAAAGAUUUUAUUUGAA